GACUAAUUACUUUAGACAUUGGAUUUGGUAUUUUUAUUGCAAAGGUCUAAUUGCCGGAAAAAAGUUUUGACUUUUUAUUUUUGUCUAAACAAAGCUCAGUUUAUCAAUUAAUAUAUAGAAGAGCACAUAAAGAAUCAAAUUGUAAAAAAAAAUCAAGGCUUUAUAAUUAUUCGGCUUUCUGGAGUCUUGACUCCUAGCCAUACUUAUCAGAAUGAUGAUAAUUUAUUCGUUAUUUGUUUUCACCCUAAUCUCUUUGUCACUUACAGAUGCUGAGAUUAUUCGCUUUCAGUCCACACCUUUGGUGAUACAGCCGGUCCUGAGCAAACACCUUACUUUGCGUUGCAGUGUACAAGAUGGAAGCUCAGUGAGAAGGUCUUUUGGAUCUAUAUUUCAAGAAAUGAUUGCCCCAAAUACGACUGCAGCGUAUGAGAGAGCCAAUACAACAUCCCACUUAAACGUGACCCAUGUUACAGCUGAUCACGUGACCACCAAGCCGCCAAUCACCGAGGCAGACGUAGCGCACGUGACGUCCAUCAUCAUCAACAAAGUCAACAGAGUGACGAAUAGUGUUGAUAAAGUAGCAGACGUGACCCCUUUCGAAGCCGCAUCCGCCGGAAGUCAUUUCUUGGGACUAGUCUCAGUGGAAGGGAACAGUGAAAGAUCCCCCAAGCAAGGAGAGAAAGCUUACCUCCAGGUCAAGUGGGACUACCCUGACUAUGACCAAGCCGGGGAAUAUUCGUGUGAAAUUUUCGGACUUGAUUCAAACAAUCUUCCAGUGAGCCUGGAGUCCGCUUUGCUGAUAUCGUCAAAACCAGCAACGAUGUCCGACUUGAUUAACUAUAUUUCUAUCCAGCAAAAAGUUAUCGAUAAUUUAAAAGCUCAAAAUAUUCAAAAAGGAACAUCUAACUGCAACACUAAUGGCUAUUCUAAUCAAAUUACUUUCUCAAACUCAUUCAAGACACCUCCUCUAGUUUUUACAACAUUUUCUGAUAUCAAUACUGGUUAUUACACUCAGCAGUCCGUACAUUGGAACGUUACCAUAACAACGGUAACAGAAACCUACUUUAAUUACAGUUGCAUUGCUAGCCCCACAAGUUUUAUCUUUGAUUGGGUGGCCAUAGAUAAUUAAAUUUGUCCUUCUAUUAUGUAAUACUGAAGAAAAUUACUUUUUUUUUUACAAAGGCUAAUAUUACGUUAAAAAAUUUGUGUAAAAAUUUAUCAAAUAUUAAAAUGCCUGUGUGAAAUAAAGUCCAUAUUUUAUAAGACCAUGA